AGGAGAGGCCAUAGUGCCCAAAUCUCGGCCCUGGUCCAUCCACACGACACCUCCAUCGUCACUCUCAUCACCAUCCGACCAACGAGCCACCCACCGGUCAGCCAUGCCCGCCUCCGCCAAGGUAGCGCGCCUCACCACCCUCGCCCUCUUCUCGCCGACCCCAAGCCCCUCCGGCGCCAAGCCCGUCAAGCCCAGGGCUAGGGCCCCGCCGCCCAUCUCCGUCUCCAUGGACCCCGCCCUCGUCGACCCGGCCCACUUGCAGGCGCUCAUGCUCGCUUGCGCCCACUCCUGCGCCAUCCGCCUGUCGCCGUCGCCGGCGCAGCCAGCCUCCCCCGGCGAGCCGGUCGACAUCCACAAGCUCCGCACGGCGCUCGCCCACAGCUUCAUCGUCGUGUCCGUCUUCUGCAGCGCCAGAUCCUUGGCUAACGCCGGGGAGGGCCAUAGGUUCCUGGGCCUGGGCUUGGACCUCGAACUCGGGCGGCUGGGGGAACGGAGGCUUGUCGGCUUCGGACGCGCCGUCUCCGACGUCGGUCUCACCGCCUCCGUCCAUGACGUCGUGGUAAUCUUCUCUCUUGUUGUUGUGAAAUUGGCAUUGGGGGCGCUCUCCUCUUUGAUUAGUGACUUACAGGUACAUCCAUCACUGCAGAGGAGAGGAAUUGGCCGAAAAAUAGUUGAGAAAAUUACAAGGGCACUCCAUAGCAGAGGCAUAUAUGACAUUUCUGCAUUGUGUACAAAAAAGGAGAGGCCCUUUUUUGAAGCUUGUGGUUUCGGUGAUGAUAUGAUGGGUUCAACAACAAUGUUGUAUACAAGAAAAGUGCACAAAUAGAAUUCAUGCAGAAGCUCACCAAUCGGCACAAUAAUCUAGUUGAUAUGAUAGCUUAGCUGUUGAUGUUUACUGGAGCUAUUUAAAACUACUACUACCAGUAAAGGGAAUGAUGAGCUGCGGCAGUGAUCUCAGUGUUCCCACGUAUUGGAGGGAAUAAGUACAAGAAGAAUUUAGAGAAGCCAUUGUAUACCAUAUCAGUAUAUGUGCAAGAUAGCAUUGUCUAGCAUUUUUCAGAAUUCAGAUCAACAUCAGUAAAAACAGCCGCUGACUGUAAAACUCACUGUGAUUAGAGAGAUCUGUAUAUAUGGAAUGAAUGUUUCUACA